AUGACGACUCUGAACCUGGUGCUGCUGGUGUUGGCAUUUAUAUCUGCCACUGCGACAAGUGGUGAAGUAACUUUCGAUCUCAAAAAUGAUGCACCCACUCUGACUGGAGCAAGAGUGACCUUCUCUAUUAAUCUUAAUUUCCCACCAAGCCAGAGAGUGCUCUCUGACGGGCAGGUGGUCUGGGCGGAAAACACCACAAUCAACGGACAGCAGUAUCAGGAGGGUCAGGCUGUGUAUCCUGACCAGGACACCGAGCAGACCGGAGUUUUCCCUGACGGCACACCGUUCCCCAUCAGUCAGAACAGGAGACCCCACUACGUGUUUGUGUGGAAGACAUGGGGGCGUUACUGGCAGGUGGCAGAUGGACCAUCCUCCUCCCUCUCUAUCGGUACAGACAACAUCCCCCUGGGCUCCUACAACAUGGAGGUUGUCAUCUAUCACUACCGUGGAAAAGACAAGUUCAUCCCUCUCGGCUAUGCCUCCACAGUCUUCAGCAUCACAGACCAGAUUCCAUUCACCAUAUCACUCGCUCAAGUAACUGAUGUCAACCAGGACGACCAGAACUUCAUCCAGAACCAAGCUAUUACUUUCAGCAUCAAUCUCCAUGAUCCCAGCCAGUAUCUCAACAGCGCCAACAUCAGCGUCAGCUGGGACUUUGGUGACAGCACUGAUAUUCUGAUAUCCAAAGACCUCACUGUCACACACACAUACCUCGCAGUCGGGAACUUCACACCUCAGGUGGUUCUCAUGGCAAGCAUUCCCAACAGCUGUGGAAACCCCACUGCUGUAGCUGCGCCAGCAGUUGAUGUGAUGGCCUCCACCCCUGCAACUGUCCCAGCAGCACCAGACGAGGGAGGAGAUGCAAUUGCUCUGGAUGUUGCUGAUGCCACUCCACUUGCUGCUUCUGUGCAGCCAGCUGAAGCAGCCACAGAAGAUGGAGAAGCAGUUGUUGAUGCAGACACAGAGGCAGUAGAGGUUGCUUCAGUAGCACCCGCAGGAAUUGAUGCAGCUGUUGUUCCAGAGGAACAAGAUCCCGCCAACGCUGUUGCCUCUGUUGCAGAGGGAGAAGAAGCAGCAGUUGGGGUCGCUGAUGCUGUCACUGCUGCUCCUGUAGCAGAAGUAGCUGUAGAGCAACAAGCUGAUGUUGUGGCUCCUGAUACUGUUGAUGCUGCUGCUGCCAUAGAGGUUAUUGAAGUUGUAACAGAAGCCCCUGUUGAUAAUGUCGUAGCCCCUGCUGCCACUGAAACCACAUCAAUAGAAGAUGCAGCACCAGCUGAUGCCGCAGUACAGGCAAUUGAAUAUGAGGUUGCAGCUCCUGCAAUGCAACCAGCGGGUGAUGAAGUAGCUGUUCAAGCAGAGGUGGAAGCAGAUCCAGCACAGGUUGCCCUUGUUCUGGUUAAAAGACAAGCUCCAGAGCUGAUGGCUGACUGCAUGAUCUUCCGCAAUGGCUCCCUCACCACCACUGUAGAUGUUGUCCAGGGUAUUGAAAGUGUAGAGAUUGUUGAGGUGUCCAACGUUGUAUCAGUGGCGACUGAGUUGGAUCAAAAUGUUGUGGACAUCACCAUUGACUGUCAGGGAAGUCUGCCAAGUGAGGUCUGCACAACCAUUUCUGAUGCUGACUGUAUCACACCGGUGGAGACCAUCUGUAAUGCAGCCACACCCUCUCCAGACUGUCAGAUGAUCAUUCGUCAGGUCUUCAAUGACACCGGAGUAUUUUGCAUCAAUGUCUCGUUGACCAAUGAUGUCAGUCUAGCUGUGGCAAGUGCCAGAGUCAGUGUAGCAGCAGCCUCUGGUGGUUCCUCAGCUGGAACUGCAGCCACAGUCGUGGGCGUUAUGGUUCUCGCCUGUGUUGUCUGUUGCAUUGGUUUGAUGCACAGACGGUCCAAGCAGUACCAACCACUAAGAGAAGACAACUUUGGAGGCAGCUCGGCGGUAACAUCAGUGCCUUUGUUGUUGUGGACCUUGUUGAGCCGAGAGUCACCAGGAGAGAGUCGUCCACUGCUUCAGGGGAGGACUGCUUGAAUAUCAUCAUAUUUUUAACUACAGUAUUUUUUUAAAAUUGGCGUUGAUAGUUUAUUGAAGCCAUAACAUA